AUGGUGAACCGCGCAGAACGAGUCUUGUCUACAGUAGCAUAUGGUAGGCAGCGGGAAUCCCGGGGCGACUGGGUUGGAGCGGGUCCGGUAUCCACGAUCCCUUGCGAUAUGUCUCUGUCAGGCAAGACCAUCCUGUCCGUUUGUACAAAUGAGAGUCUUGGUCACUACUUCCGUCGUCAUUCUCUUGCUGCCCUCUCCCUAGCCGUCUUCGGCUUUGUCGCCGUCAACAUGCGUUUCGGUGGAUUCAACAUCUGCCCUUACACGUGGGCCAUCCAUACCCACAAGACCAUCGGUGAGUCAAGGCAGGUGUCUCACACGGCUGCCGGUAGCAAUUUAACAAGAGCCAAUGCAACGGAUUGCAACACAAGUCGCUGGAGCGAUGUGUCUCAAUGGAUCUCGUCACAUCUGCAGAGCCCAGUAUUGGAGGCUGCAAGGCGUGGUGCCGUCAUUACCGGCGCCAGCGCUGUCACUCGCCUGGCCGCAUCCUGA